AAGAUCCAUCAGACCUAGAAGGUUUUGGGCAAGGGAGAUAUAUCGUUGCAAGAAAGCUCAAGGGGAGUUCAAUUACCUUGUUUCGGAACUUCGUGGUAGUGACAGAGAGCUUUACUUUCGAUUGCCUCCUUUCCAAGGUUGGCCCACUUAUAAGAAGCAAGCUAUAAAAUUCACACAGCCUAUCUCACCAUCAGAACGUCUUGCACUGACCAUACGUUAUUUGGCUUCUGGUGACAGUCAACAAUCCAUGUCCUUUUCUUAUUGAAUAUGGAAUAUCCAUAACCAGCAAUUUCAACCCCUUCUAGAUUCUAGAGUGAUAUCUCUG